UAGUCAUUUCAAACCUCAGUCAAAUGACAGUCGCAGCCGCUUUCCCACACCAUUUUCAUCUUGCUUUUCCUCUUCCCCUUCUUCUUCCUAAUCCCUUCUCACUUCACUCUCCACACACCAACAAUGACAACAAACUCAACCAACCCCAUUUUCUUCUUCACUCUUUUCUUCCUCAUUUUCACUCCAACACCAUCUUUCUCCAUUGAAAAUGAUGUUAAAUGUCUUGAAGGUAUCAAAUCUGCACUUUCUGAUCCACUAAACAAGCUCUCAUCUUGGUCAUUUUCCAACACUUCUGUUGGUUCAAUUUGCAAACUUGUUGGUGUUUCUUGUUGGAAUGAAAAAGAAAACAGGCUCAUUUCACUUCAACUUCCUUCUAUGUCUUUAUCUGGUUCAUUACCUCCUGAUCUUCAGUUUUGUAGUUCACUUCAAUCACUUGAUCUUUCUAGGAACUCACUUUCAGGUUCACUACCUGUUCAAAUUUGUUCUUGGUUACCUUAUUUAGUUAAUCUUGAUCUUUCUGGUAACUCUUUUACUGGUUCUAUACCACCUGAGUUUAUUAACUGCAAAUUCUUGAAUACCCUUUUGCUAAAUGACAACAAACUUGCUGGAUCAAUACCAUUUGAGAUUGGCAGGUUGGACCGGUUGAAACGGUUCAGUGUGUCAAACAAUGGUCUUUCAGGUUCAAUUCCUGAUGAUUUAGACAGGUUCUUGAAAGAUGAUUUUGAAGGGAAUAAUGGACUUUGUGGGGUCCCACUUGGAAAUAAAUGUAGUAAGUUGAGUAACAAGAAUCUUGUUAUUAUUAUAGCUGCUGGUGUUGUUGGUGCUUUAGGAUCUUUGAUUCUUGGAUUUGGGAUUUGGAGAUGGUUUUUGGUUCAGCCAAACCAGGAAGAUAGAGAGCUUGGUGAUGGUAAAGGUACUAGUAAUAAUAGUAGUGAUUGGGUUGAAAAGUUGAGAGCUUUUAAGCUUGUUCAGGUUACAUUGUUUCAAAAACCUAUUAACAAGAUAAAGUUGAAUGAUUUAUUAGCUGCUACUAAUUCUUUUGAUAGUGGCAACAUCGUUAUUUCAACUAGGACUGGUGUUUCUUAUAGAGCUAUGUUGCCUGAUGGAUCUGCAUUAGCUAUUAAAAGGUUGAGUAGUUGUAAGAUGAGUGAAAAACAGUUUAGGUCCGAGAUGAAUCGGUUGGGGCAGCUUAGACACCCUAAUUUAGUGCCUUUAUUAGGUUUUUGUAUAGUUGAUACUGAAAGGCUUUUGGUGUAUAAGCAUAUGCAGAAUGGAAGUUUGUAUUCCCUUUUACAUGGUAAUCUUAGUACUGGUGUUAGGAAUGGUGAUUUCGAGCUCGUUUGGCCAGCAAGGCUUAGGAUUGCUGCUGGUGCAGCUAGAGGACUUGCUUGGCUACACCAUGGAUGUCAACCGCCGUACUUGCAUCAGUACCUUAGCUCGAACGUGAUUCUUGUAGACGAUGAUCUUGAUGCUAGGAUCACGGAUUUCGGGCUUGCAAGGCUUGUUGGUUCUGCUGACUCGAACGAUAGUUCGUUUGUUAAUGGGGAUUUGGGAGAGUUUGGUUAUGUGGCUCCUGAAUAUUCGAGCACAUUGGUUGCUUCAAUGAAAGGGGAUGUGUACAGUUUUGGUGUCGUGCUGCUCGAGUUGGUUACAGGGAGAAAGCCUCUUGGUGCUGGUAAUGCAGAGGAGGGAUUCAAAGGUAGCUUAGUUGAUUGGGUUAAUCAGCUUUCAAGGUCAGGUCGAAGUAGGGAUGCGGUUGAUAAGUCUUUUAUCGGAAGAGGUCAAGAUGAUGAAAUUUUGCAAGUUCUUCAAAUUGCUUGUUCUUGUGUAGUUUCAAGGCCGAAAGAUAGACCUUCCAUGUACACUGUGUACCAGUCCUUGAAGAGCCUGGUGAAAGAACAUUGUUUUUCUGAACACUUUGAUGAAUUUCCAAUCAACUUGACCAAGCAAAAUCAUGAUCAUAAGGAUUAGGUUAUAGCAUGAAAUGAUUAGAGAAAUGUUUCUAAUUUUAAAUAUUCUAGUUAUGGCACUUUUAGUUCAGACUCUGGUCAUUUAUUGAUAGUUCUGUAUAGUUUGAGAAGUAAAUGCAUGAUCUUUGUACUUUCUGGUACAUUUGUUUCCACUCUAUGUUUAAAUGAUUCAGUUGUGAAUGAGUACUUAAUUUGAAGUGCUGUUGAUCACAUUA